AUGCCGGCCAUUCCUAUAUCUCCUAACGUGGUUGAUUUGUGCUCUGACUCUGACGACGAGUCUGAGGCCAACACUCCCACCCCCCAAGGUUCUCAGUUCAAUCGCGAUGGCGAGUCUCCACCUAGAUCACCACUUCUCCCAUGGGGGCCUGGUGACUUUUCAGUCACUACAAAUGAACCUAUCUCCGGACGCGUUCAUUCCGGAAUCGACAUCGACACGCUCGAAGAAGAAAUUCACCUGAUUCCGCCGGGCAUGAUGUACUGUCGUGGUUGCAAACUUUCCCCAUACGAAUUUGAUGAAGAUGGCAACGAAAUACCACGUGAAGUGACAAACGAAAGACGAGACAAGAUCAUCAGGGCCAAGCUCAAGGCGCAAGAAGAGGCAAAGAGGGCUGCUGCAGAUAACAACACCAAUGCAACGAACACUGUUCCUCUUGGUAGCCAAAAUGUGACGAUACACAAUGAGGUUCCCAACCCACCAGGGACUAGCAGGACGAUCCAGCGACGCACCACCAUAGCCAGCCCCACCCGGGUCGUCGACUUGAGCACCCCCGAUGAUCAAAGUGCAGCCAGCCGUACUGAGCCUAGCAGCAACAACGAAGAUGGCCUGCACGUACGUCCAACACCGGUGCCACCGCAGGGAAUGUCUUUUGUCCAAGAUUCAGCUCGAGCGGCUCUCCGAUCUCUACCCACGAGCAAGAACAAAGGCAAGGGCAGAGACCGAGAACCCAUCGCUGCAAUCGACCUCUCAUUGCUUGAAUCUGACGAUGAUCCCAAUAGCCGCUCUGAUCCAGAACAUCAUAAUAGCAGUCUGAGUGGUGAUGAAGAUUUGAGGAGAGCGAUUGCGCUAUCCCUCCAGGAUGACCCAACUCCAGACACUGUAGACGGGCCUGCUGCUUCAUCGUCAAGCAGCAACGCACUAACAAACAGAGUCAGUCAGACAGCAAGACAAGCUUCCAUCGUGUCUGUGACAAGAACGCCUACGGACAACCUGGCGAGGGAAGCUGGAGAGACUCAGAGUAAAGGUACUUCGUUGAACACUGAAUCCGACAUUUUUCUUGCGAGAUCUAACGUGACUUUCCCAGGACAACAAGGCGGCUUGCCCACCAUAGACAACAGAACAUUGUCUUCGAACGACUCAAACGUAGCACUGCCCACUCCGUUUGGCCUGACUGGUCUUGAUCGCAAACAGAUGGAAGCUGAGCGUCUAGCGCGUCUCAAGAGAAAGCGACAAGGUGAAGAAGACAAUGGUUCUGGUAUUGGGAACAAGGUGGCGUGUGUUGAGGAUGUGGGAUCGCGAUCACAAGCAACCAUCUCACCGCCACCGCCUCGACGCUUUCAAGAAAAGACCCGAGGCGUUCCGGUCCAUAGCCAACAACUCUCUACGUCAGCGACGGGCCCAGCUUUCAAGAACACCAGUGAAAGUGCAAGAGACAGAGACCCCAUGAGAGCGGCUCCUGUCACUGCGAGGAUUGAGCACCCAAGAAGCACAUCGAGCUACUACCCGAAGGGCGUUGUUUUGAAGACACGUAUUGCUGGCUAUGAUACAACCAACACCAUCGACUUCGCCACCCUUAUCUCGCCGUCCUCUUCACUUGAGUCGUGCCUGUUGUCUUCUUUUAUCUGGGACUUUGACUGGCUCUUCCCGCACUUUGACACGAAGCGUACCAAGUUCCAACUUGUCAUGCACGCAAAGGCCUCCGGACAGCGAGAGGCUUUGAUGGCGGACUUCCUCGGCAUUCCGAAUGUGCGGUUGUGUUUCCCACCCAUGGAUGGAAACGUCAAUUGCAUGCACAGCAAGCUGAUGUUGUUCUCAUACAACGAUGACGCCGAGGACGAGGGCGCCAGCUCCGGCUGGAAAGGGCCGAGAUGUCGCAUCGUCGUCCCGACAGCGAAUCUCGUCGGCUUCGACUGGGGCGUCGGCGGGUUCAUGGAAAACACGGUCUGGCUCAUCGAUCUGCCUGUCAAGACACGUCCGAAGCUCGCGACUCCGACAGGCACUACAUCAGGUCAAGGUCAGCAGACACAGUUUGAGAAGUCGCUGAUAGGGUUUCUGAAAGCGCAGACUGUCCCCGAGGACGUGAUCGAGAGGCUGGAGCAGUUCGAUUUCAGCGAGACGGCGCAGCUGGGCUUUGUGCACACCAUCGGCGGCAUGCACGUCGGGGAAAGCUGGAGAAGCACUGGGCUUUGCGGGUUGAGCCAAGUCAUCACCGACCUGGGACUUGCGAGCCGCGGACCCAUCGAGAUGGAUUGUGUGACAUCUUCACUUGGAAGUUUGACUGACGAGUUCAUGCGCUCCAUGUAUCUGGCUGCUCAGGGGGACGAUGGACUGGCCGAGUACGAGAGACGCACACUGUCAUCCAGGACAGGCUCGGGAGGACGGCUGCGAGUGCAAGGACGCGACGACUGGAAGGAGAGGAUGCGGGUCUACUAUCCAAGCGACGAAACUGUCAGACGCUCGAAAGGGGGACCCAGCAAGGCGGGGACCAUCUGCUUCUCAUCGAAGUGGUGGCAGAAUGGGAAAUUUCCAAAGGCCAACCUGCGGGACUGUGUUAGCGUUCGAGAAGGUUUGCUCAUGCACAAUAAGCUCAUGUUUGUGCGAUAUGCUGCGCCGGUGGAGCCCCGUCGUGGCGGGAACAUGGGAUGGGCAUACGUGGGCAGUGCCAAUUUGUCCGAGAGCGCCUGGGGCCGAUUGGUGCAAGACAGAGCCACCAAGCAGCCUAAGCUGAACUGCCGCAACUGGGAAUGCGGAGUCAUCCUUCCACAUGUAGCAGAGACCAGCAGCUCUGGCACCGGCAGGCUAGACACAGGUGACCAGCCAGGCCUCGUGCUGUUCGACCAGCUUGUGCCACUCCCGAUGAGAGUCCCGAGCGAGCGGCUCGAAGGGAGGAAGCCAUGGACCAUGUUUGACUGA